AUGGCGAGCCAAGGCAUCUCGCAUGCAGUCUUGGCAUUCUCCUCGCCUGGUGCAAAUGUGUAUCCUGAUAAUCGAGAAGCGACCAUCGCGCUUGCUCGGCUGAUCAACGAGCAGUCCGCGGCGUACGCGCGAGUCGACCCCAAGCACUUCUCGUUCUACGCCGUCGUGCCGCUCCCAUACACCCCGGAUGCUAUCGCUGAAGCCAUGUACGCUCUCGACGCACUUGGAGCCGCCGGUAUCGCGCUCUACUCCAACUUCGAAGGUCGAUACCUUGGCCACUCCGCCUUCACGCCCUUCUUCCAAGCCAUGAAUGCGCGAGGACCGGACCAAAUCAUCUACAUCCACCCCACAACACCGUACCUGCGCGUCAACGGCUCACUCAUCGAAGCAAACCCAACGACGUACCCAACAGGCAACAUUGAGUUCUACUUCGAAACCGCGCGCGUUCUCCAAGACCUCGCCGUCACGCAAACUAUCCUCAACUUCACCAACAUCAACUACAUCAUCCCGCACGUCGGCGGCGCAUUCCCGUCUGUCGCGGACCGCCUAUUGAAGUCGUUCCCCGCGAUCUACGACCGCACCCUGGCCGCUUUGCAGACGCGCUUCUACUGGGACUCCGCGGGCCCCACGUACUUCCAUCAGGUCGGUGGUCUUCUCGCAUACAACAUACCGGCAUCGCAGCUCUUGUUUGGCACAGAUUACCCGUACGCGCCGAUCUUCACGUAUGCGCCUUCGCUGGUAGGUAUUAAGACGUCGCGCUUCGUGGACGAUUCCGAGCGAGCAGGCAUCUUCUUUCGCAACGCGCAGAGGCUCUUUUGUGAUUGCGCCUUCUUGUAG